GGAGACUCAGAGACUGAUGCUGUAAACAAACACUGGAGGUUUCGACACUCGGCCGAUAUUAAUGAAAUCUAAAGAAUGGAAAUAAGGGUUCGGAUUAUCACACACAAUCAUGUUUUAUUGUGUGUAUUUGUGGCGUUUAGAAUCGCUGGUUUGUUUCCGGCUGCAGCGAUUGACGUUUACUCUCCAGCCGAGGUGUUUGUUGAAAACGGGACGUCAGCGACUCUGGCGUGUAGUUUUAAAUCCAAAGAGGUUGUCAGCAGCUCCACUUCAGUGUCGUGGUCAUUCCUUCCUGAGGGCGAAACGGGACGCUCCACCACAAUCUUCUAUCACACGAGUGGGCAGACUUACCCGAGCUCCCUUCCACAGUUUAAAUCUCGUGUGGAGUGGGCCGGCGACAUGAACAAGAAGGACGCGUCCAUCCGCGUCAUGCAUAUGCAGUUUAAAGACAACGGGACGUUCAUCUGUGACGUGAAGAAUCCUCCGGAUAUCACCGGCCAACCGUCUGUCACUAAAGUCAGAGUCGUCAUGAAAGAGUCCCUCCCUCACACAAGUACAGCGGUCAUCGUGUGCGCCGUGAUCGGCGUUGUGUUCGGGAUAAUCGUCAUAUCUGCGGUCAUAUAUCUGAUUAUCAGACGACACGAGGCCGGCCACGACUAUGAAGGCUGCACCUCUGUAGAGAGUGGCAGCUCACUCAAUUCUCGGGUGGGGAAGAAGGAGUCCAGCACAGACAACUCACGCUGCUCUAGUCCAUCUGCCGCACCUGUACAGGGGCCGGUGAUAUAUGCUCAACUGGAUCAUUCUGGCAGCAAGAACUCCAGCUCUUUCCACAAGAUGGAGCCGGUGGUGUACGCUGACAUCCGUAAGAACUAGAGCCGCAGGGGGCGGGGUUAUGUUAAUGAGCUUUGCAUGUGCAUCACUAGGACGUCCAUUCAGAUCAAAGACUUUAUGAAAUGUUGAUUAUUUGUGAGCGGGUUAGUACUGGACUGAACGAUUUAUGACAUAUUUUACUGCACAGCACGAGCUGCUUCCUGUGAUGUCCGUCAAUGUUUGUAUGUGUUUUAUUGUAAUGCCAUGUGUGAGUUGCUAGCACAACUGACACUGAUGAUGAUGAUGAUGAUGAUGAUGAUGUCACACACAGACAGUGAUGCAAUCAUGAGACGCAUCCACAUCACAUUUCACUCUGAAAUCAAAUGAAAAAUACAUUCUGUGAAAGAAAAAAUGACAAUUAAACACAUUGUCAUUUGUUUGUAUUUAAAUCAGCAUAAUUUACAUACAUUAAUUACAGCAAUACAGUACCUAAUGAUGCAUGUAUGAUUUUGGGGUGAAAUAUGACGUGUUUCCUGAGGUCACUGGCGUGUAAUGGGCUGCGUGAUGUCAAACACAGGUCAGCUGUCUGGAUGAGGAUGUUAGGAUACUGUGUGUGUUUUAAUGGUUAGGAUAAUUAUCUUAUUGUCAUGACAACACAUAAUGCCUUUGAAUAUUCAGUGUUUAUUACAGUAGUUGAUGUUCGGUUUAUUUGAGGUACUGUAUGAACAUUUGAUGCAUCACUGCCACUUCUGCCAAUAGUCUUAAACAUUUUAUUCUGUCAUUCCAGUUUUAUGUCUUAAGUGUGUGUGUGUGUGUGUGUGUGUGUGUGUGUGUGUGUGUCAUAA